AUGGGAGCCUCACCUCGCAACCUCACCAAAUCGUUCUACGAACAACUUCGAUCUCGAGACGAUGACCUUCCCGACGACCUCGAAGCCGGGCAAAUGCGAGCGCUCGACGAAGAAAAUCUAAAGCAUGAAUUUCGAGACGUGCAAUUCGACAAAACCAAAACUCAGGAAAGUCGCACAACAGUAGCAAGCAGGAUGGCCGAACGCGGCCCGAAAAUCGGUUCCCCCUCAUCGAAAGGACAGUACAAGAGUAAACAACUACCAACUACGUGGGCAGCUGACGAUGAAGACCCGGAUGAAGAUGUUCCAGCUUCCCUUCUAGUUGAGAACAAUGAUGAGCCAAUUCAACGGUUAGAAUCCAUGUCGAGAGCGACUGCUCAGGGUGCAAAGGAAUCUAUCCCUUGGAGGGCAUCACCACCUGGGGCACACACAGCCCAGUGGGAGACUGUCAAACGGCAGCAUCGAUUGUACCGAGAUGAUGCUAUUAAAACCUUCCAACUUCAUUCUAUGGUUUCAGGAACUCGGCUUGGAGGUAGGCGGGAGCGCGCGCUGUGGAGAUGGGUAAACACGUCCAGCUUAGACAGCUUCAUGAGAGAUGUUUAUGAUUACUACGAAGGGGGAGGGAUGUGGUGCAUUCUCUGUUCGAACGCGCUAUGGCUUCUGGAAACUUUGUUCGUCGCAAUCCUUCUCACGUUUCUCAGCCAAUGUGUGGACUACGGGAAAGUGCCGAAGAGCAAGUCUCUUGAGCAGGUAAUUGUCCCGCAAUGUACUCGAAAAAUGUCGGGCUUCUGGAACCUCGGAAUAUGGCUUUACUCGUUUUUCUUCAUAUGGAAAUCUGUUCAAUAUUUCUUCGAAAUACGCCGCCUGAUACAUAUCCGAGAGUUUUAUAUUUGUUUACUGGAAAUUCCCGAACAGGACAUGCAGACUGUGUCUUGGCAAGACAUUGUUGCCAGAAUUAUGGCCUUACGAGAUCAAAACCCCAAGACGGCAGCAAAUAUACCAGCAAAGCUACGACGCUUCAUGGGCAGUCAGUCAAAGGAGAGGCUGGACGCUCACGAUAUCGCAAACAGACUUAUGCGGAAAGAGAAUUACCUCAUUGCCAUGAUAAACAAGGAUGUGUUGAACCUCUCCCUGCCGAUUCCCUUCCUGCAUGGCAGGCAGCUCUUCUCCAAGACCAUGGAGUGGUACUUACAUUACGGUAUUCUUGACAUGGCUUUCAAUGAACUCGGUCAAGUGCAGCAAGAUUUCCUCCGGGCUGACCGUCGAAGAGUCUUGAGUGAGAAAUUGCGACAGAGACUCUUCUUUGCAGGGGUAUUGAAUCUUGUUUUCGCCCCUGUCGUCCUUGCAUACGUUAUCAUUGUCUACUUUUUCACCUAUUACAACGAGUACCAAAAGGACCCGAAACUAGCCGCUGCGAGGAAAUAUACGGCCCUUGCCGAGUGGAAGUUUCGAGAAUUUAACGAACUACCGCACAUUUUUUUUGAGAGGCUGCACAUGUCUUUCCCAUUUGCAACACGAUAUGUGGAUCAGUUCCCGAAGAGGAUGACUGAAGAUGUAGCGAGAAGCGUAGCAUUCAUGUCAGGUGCCAUCACCGCCGUGCUAGCAGUGUGCACAGUGCUUGAUUCGGAGUUGUUUCUUGGCUUUGAAAUAACCAAGGACAGAACUGUGCUAUUCUACCUGGGCAUUUUUGGAGCAAUAUGGGCCAUGACUCGCGGCAUGGUCUCAGAAGAGGCUGCAGUCUUUAACCCCGAGUAUGCUCUGCGCAAUGUCAUCGAAUAUACGCACUACAUGCCCGAUCACUGGGAAGGUAGGCUGCACAGCUUCGAGGUGAAGAAGGAAUUUGCCGAGCUUUAUAAAAUGAAGGUCGUGAUUUUCUUGGAGGAAGUCAUGGGAAUCAUCACGACUCCAAUGCUCCUCUUAUUCGCUCUUCCAAAAUGCAGCGAUCAGAUUGUCGAUUUUUUCCGCGAGUUCACCAUUCAUGUUGAUGGGCUUGGGUAUGUUUGCUCUUUUGCAGUGUUUGAUUUCAAGAAGGGGGUGGGCAACGGCGGUAAAAGAGGCACUGCACUCGACAUUCGAGAGGAUUAUUACACCACGAAGCAUGGAAAAAUGGCAGCAUCAUAUUAUGGUUUUCUGGACAACUAUGUCAUCAAUCCACGGACGGGUAUUCCUGGUCAUCUGCCCCCCGGGGCGAGGCAGCAUUUCCGGCCGCCUCCCGCAUUUCCAAGUCUAAAUUCGCCAACAUUGGCAGCAGACUUGCAUAUGUCCCAAGUUGGACGACCCGAGGGACGGCGGGAGUUUUCCUACUCGCCUGGCGAUAAAUUAUCAGCGAAAGGGCCAUCGGGAAUAGUGCAACCGUCACCGAUGGCAUCGAUACUUUUGGAUCCACGUCAUCAUCCCCCAAGUGGUGGACGUGGCGCCAAAGGAUUGCCAAAGUCGCGCGCAUCUCGAUAUUUGCGACUCGGAGAGGGCAAAAUCACUGAAGAGACUGGACAGAUCAUGCCGAGGGACAUACAUCCCAAAACAGACGAUGAAUUCGAAGAUGAUGCUGACGACGGUGAAGGGAUCCUAGGCGAGUCCGUAUGGGAGACAUCGCCGGCCAAAGGGUUAAGUCGCGAGAAUAGUUCAGCGAAUACCGCUGAGCCGGAUGCAGGCGUCUUGGGGCUGAUCUACCAGUUGCGGCAGACGCAGCACGGUCGUCGCGGCAGCAGCAUGGUUUAG